AUGCCAUCAAAUCUUCAAUACACCGAGCUUUCUUCUAGGGCUCAGCAAGCCGUUGAUGACUUCAUACCACCAGAUGAUAUUGUUCAAAAGCGGAGCCGUCAUUUUGCUUCAGUCCAACCUCGAGCUGAAGAUAGCGAGGGCGACAAAGAAGCUCUAGACGGGGUUGAGUUUACGCAUCACUUUGUCGACGCACCUGGCGAUCAUGAGUGUGUGCGGUUCCACUACGUAGAAGCCGGCCCUAAGAAGGGUGAGGUGAUCGUCUUCCUACAUGGAAUCCCGGAUUCCUGGUACCAAUGGCAUCAUCAAAUGGCUACGUUGUCCGCAACAUACCGAUGCAUUGCACCUGAUCUCAAGGGUUACGGACAGUCAGAGAAGAAAGCGGGCGACUACCGUCACGAAGGUGCUGCAGACAACCUCUUUUCUAUGUUCGAAGCCAUUGGCCUUGCUACCACAAAAUUCAACAUAGUCAGUCACGAUCGAGGCACGGUCCAAGCUGACUAUAUCGUGGCGAAGCACCCUGAAGCGGUAUUGCGCUACGGGAGAGGAGAACAGCACUUGUACCACUUCAACCCUGUCCUUGCGCCUCAGGGUGAUAUCUUUAUGAACGCUCCCUGGACAGGCAUCAUGGAAGAUCCGAAGCACUUUGUCGUAUGGGUCUACACGUGGGUGGCGAAGCAACCAAUUCCAGAUGAUCAGUUCGCCCGCAUCAUCCAGGAAUACUCAUAUCCACUGGUCUCACGCGCAGUACCACGAUAUUUCAACUCUUCGACCUUCAGAGCUGAAUGGCUAGAUCGUCGGAAUCGUCUUUUAGAAAAGUGGAAAUGUCCUGUCUUCAUAAUGCAAGGUUACGACAGUAGGACACAGCCUCGUGAGUUCUACGAGGACGCAAGGGAGUACAUUCCAAACGCGAAGGAAGUGCAAGUCAAGUACCUGCCAGGGGGUCAUUUCUGGACAAUGGAGUCUCCUGAGGAGACAACAAAAGCCAUCCAAGAUCUUCUAGCUGUCGCAGUUUAA